AUGCAUGGCGGGGAGUUCCUGAAAUGUUUGUUACGCCCUUCGAGCACCGACGAUGACGCCGCGAAAAAGUACCAAGAGGAAUCUGGGCGGGUGAUGAAGUUUGAAGAGGGCAUCGAGAAAGCGGCGACAGUUCGAGGGUAUAACGAAGAGAUGGCGAGUAUCAAAGUUGCGGUGAUGGAUAUCCGUGCAGCUUUGGAGGAAAAGGGCAUCAAGGUGGAAAACGAAAAAUCGACCCAAAUGCUUGUCAAAAAGGUCACCGUCUCGUUAGAUGCUUCGUCCAAUGUCCGAACACGACACAUAGUCGCAAUAGGACGAGAAGGAUUUUGGCGGGCACAAAAGUAA